AUGGGAGCCUCCUUGAUAAUCGGGGUAGUGCAUCUUGGUGAUUGGAAUUUGUCAUCGAUGGCGCUCCGUCGCUGCAAUGCCGCCGCGCAACGUCGCCAGGCUUCACCGACGCCGAAUCCGAGAGGGAGCCAGGUCCAUUCGCCGUCCACCAUCCAUCUGCGGUCCGCUGUCUGCCCACCGCCCACGGCCCAUGUCCCAUUGGUUGAUUGGCCCAUUCGUUGUUCACCCAGCCACCAGGAAUCUCAGCCUCAGGUCACGUCUUCAGUUUCCAUCGGCCUCCUGCCGCCGCCGGCCGCCUCAAAUUCCCACCGCGACACCACAGCAUCGCCGACCGCGGCACCGCCCCACACCACAGAGAAAAUGAGAAGGUUUUUCCAACCACUUUCAAGAGGCUCUGACACUGGUGCUAAUAAUAAUGUGAAUAACACACCAACUGUUGGAGGGACGUUCAAUCCGGAUGACAUAGUUGCAGAUCCCGCUUUAAGGAGGCAAAUUUAUGAAUAUGAUAAAGAUGUCCAAGACCAAGUGAGAAGGGCAUAUGUUCUGAACGGUCCAUGCCAACCAAAGGGUUUAGAUUUCCCUCGUAGACAGUAUGGACAAAGUUCAAGGCCUUUUAAAGAGGAAUGGUAUGACAAGUAUGAUUGGUUGGAGUAUAGUGAAUCAAAAGAUGCAGUGUAUUGCUUUUAUUGCUUUCUUUUUAAGCAAGCAGUGAAGGGUGAUAAAUAUGAUAAUUGGAAAGAUGCAGUUGAAAGGUUGAAAUCACAUGUUGGUGGUGUUAACAGUAUCCACAACAAUGCUAGGUUACAUUUUGAUGAUUUUAACAACCAAAGACAAAGCAUAUCUACUAUCAUGUCUAGUGCUAGUCGUGAGGCUGAAGACCUUUAUAAAAUUCGUUUGACUUCUUCAUUGGCUUGUUCAAGAUUUCUUUUGAUGCAAGGUUUGGCUUUUCGUGGUCAUGAUGAAUCAUCUAGUUCAUUAAAUAAGGGAAAUUUUCUAGAAUUGGUUUAUUGGAUGAAAGAUAAAAUUAAAGAAGUGAGAGAUGCUUUUCAGCAUGCUCCAAGAAAUUGCAUUAUGAUAUCACCACAUAUUCAAAAAGAUCUUGCAAAGUGUUGUGCUCAACAGAUCACAGAGAACAUCCUAGGAGAAAUAGGAGAUAGAAACUUCUCUAUUCUUAUUGAUGAAUCACGUGAUGUAUCUGUUAAAGAACAAAUGGCGGUGAUAUUGAGAUAUGUGAAUAAUCAAGGCCAUGUGAUGGAACGGUUUCUUGCCCUCAAGCAUGUCAAGGAUACUACAUCAGAUGCCUUGAAGGAAGCUAUUUUUGGCCUUCUUGAUCACCAUGGAUUAUCUAUAUCCAAGAUCAGAGGGCAAGGAUAUGAUGGAGCAUCGAAUAUGCGAGGUGAAUUUAAUGGCUUACAAAGAAAGAUACUUGAUAUUAAUCCACAUGCCUAUUAUGUUCAUUGUUUUGCACAUCAACUCCAACUUGUGGUGGUUUCUAUUGCUAGUAGUGCUUGUUGCCAAUCGGUUCAUGACUUCUUUGAGUACAUUCACUUAAUUGUCACCACCACAAGCUCAUCUUGCAAGAGAAGGGAUGCUCUAAAAGAAAAACACCACCAGAAUAUUUUAGAAAAACUAGAAAGAGGUGAAAUUUUAUCUGGUAGAGGUGUGAAUCAAGAAACUAACCUUGCUAGACCUGGUGACACAAGAUGGGGUUCACAUUAUUUAACAUUGCUUUGAUUAGAGACAAUGUGGGACUCAGUAUUGCAUGUUCUUACCAUUGUGCAUGAAGAUGGUCGUGUACCAACACAGGCAGCGGGAUUGAUUGAAAAAAUGGAGAGCUUCAAAUUUGUUUUCAUUUUAAAAUUGAUGUUGAAAAUGCUUGCAAUCACAAAUGAGCUCUCUCAAACCUUGCAAAGGAAGAAUGCCAACAUUGUUCAUGCUAUGGAGUUGCUUGAUGUUGUGAAAACCCGAAUGGCUACAAUGAGGACAGAUAGUGGUUGGGAGUCAUUCUUUCAAAGCGUGAAAGAAUUCUGUGCUCAAAAGGGUAUUCCUGUGGUAGAUAUGGAUGAAGAAGUGCCUAUUAGAGGUCGUUCAAGGCGAGAUGGCUUCACAAUCACAAACCUUCACUACUACCGCACUGAGAUAUUCUUUGUUGUUCUUGAUAAAAUCAACACUGAGUUAUGCCAUCGCUUUAAUGAAGUUUCUAGCGAGUUGCUUGUUUGCUUUU